UUUUAAGUCAUUAUUUUUGAUAUAUCUUUAUUCUAUUAUAAUGUUUGCUACACUUGAACUACCUAUACGAGUAGACAUAAACGUCUUAAAGUUGGAAGAGCAUGUCAUCCUUGUCGAAUGAAAAAAAUCAAAUGCGAUGGAAAGCAACCAUGUAUGCAGUGUAAAGCAAGAAGACGUAAAUGCAUGUAUUUAAAGAAUCCAGAUGAAACAUAUAUAAGAUUAGAUCCAAUAGAAUCAUCUUCAUCUUCAGCAAUUAUAUCAGACUCUUAUUUUCAAGAUAUUGGCGAUAGUCUUCAAUUAAAGCAACAGCAGCAACAACAACAAACUAAGAAAGUACAUACAAUUAUAGAGUCUAAUAACAAAUCGAAUCAUUUAUUUAAUAGUCAUAAUACAAUGUCAUCAUCUAAUCAAACUAAUAAUAAUAAUCAUUCAUCAUCACAUCAACCUGCAACAAGACCUGAUAAAAUGAUUGAACAGUUAACAAAUGGUCUCGUUUGUCUUACUUUAAAUCAAGAUACAACUUCUAAAAUUGCUAAUGAAUCAAUUACACCUUGGCAUAGUUAUGGUGAAUUUGUACGUUGGACACCAGAACCUCCAUUACCAACUCAUUAUAAUGCUUCUAUCGAAAUGCCUUCUCGCCCCACUCAAGAGUAUCUUAUUAGUGUCUUUUUUGACGAAUGCCAUCAACACACAUUACCUAUCUUAACUCGUACCAUGUUCUAUAAUCAACUCAAAUCAAAGGGACCUCUUAUUACACCUCUUCUCCUCAAUGUUAUGUAUGCACAUGCUUCAAAACAUGUUAACCAUCUUACUGUAUUUCGAUCUGAUCCUGAUAAUCCUUCAACACAGGGUGAUCUUUUUUAUUAUCGAGCUCGUCAUCUGCUUGAUGACUUUCUUGAUGAGCCUCGACUUAGUACCGUUAUUGCAUUAAUUUAUUUGGCCCUUUAUGAUUGUGAUCGACCUGCUCGAAGUCGUUGUUGGAUGUAUACAGGAAUGGCAAUACGUAUGUGUUUCGAAUUAGGUCUUCACACAGCCAACUACAGUAGUCAGAUGUCUCAAUGCGAUAUCGAACUUCGUAAACGCGUCUUAUGGACUUGUUUCGUUAUGGAUAAACUCGAAAGUUGUACAAUGGAACGACCUCAAAUGUUGAAAUCAAAUGAUAUCGCUCUAGAUCUUCCUAAUCCUUUACCUGAGGAUUCCCCCGUUGAACGUUUGACACUUGAAGGCUUUAACCAGCUUUGUCGUCUUACAUUACUUUUAGAAAAGAUCUUAAAUUUCUUUGCGUAUGAAAGGACAUCGACUUGGACAAUGACAGAAGAACAUAAAAUGAUUCAGUUUUUAGAAUCCUUAUAUCAGUGGCGUGAACGAUUACCGGCUGAUUUACAUUGGAGCCCUGGAGGGAUAAUACCAACGACAUCUAUAGUAACUAAUUUGCAUUUGGUUGGAUAUGAUUUAGAACUGUCAUUGGUCAUGUGUUGUCGGUUUCAGAAUGAAGAAGUGCAAAGGGCUAGAAGGACAGCCUUGGCAAAUACAAUUACACAAUUAGUAUCCUUAACGGUUCAACAACCUCGUCUUAUGUAUACAUUUGCUUUAUCCACAUUCUCGGCUAUCUUUGCAGCACUUACACAUGUUGUUGAUUUUGAGUCACCUCGACUGGAUAUAGCAGAAUCAUCACGUUUACAAUUUAAAAGGACCCUUGAAGAUGUGAGGAUGAUGGUAGGAAGAAUACCAACGAUGCGCGAUCUGCAAAAUUUCACAAAAUUAGUGGAUUUAGCACUGCAACAACAGCAACAACAACAACAACAACAACAACAACAACAGCAGCAGCAGCAGCAGCAGCAGCAGCAGCAACAAGCGUAUGCUUCAGCCUUCUCUGCUAUUCAAAACUUUUGUCGAGAUAAUAAUAAUAAUAAUAAUAAUAAUAAUAGUGAGUUUCAAAUACCAUCCAGUGUGGACCUAUUUGAUCAAACAACAAAAGACAAUCAAACAUCACCCUUUAAUACUACUACUAAUACUCCUGUGAUAAAUCCAGUGGGUUUAUUAGAUUGUUAUCAACCUACAGUAACGACAACAAGUUCAUCUACAGGAUCUGCUGCAGCAGUAGCAGCAGCCGCAGCGGCCGUUGGAGCAGUAGGAACACCUAGUGCAGCAGGGAUACAUAAAAGUAUUGAACCAGCUGAUUAUACGUUUGAGCUUAUAUCUGUUGCUGAUGAGUGGGCAAGAUCACUUAUCUAUUAAGCCUUCUCUCUCUCCCUCUCUCACUUUUUUUUUUUGUAUAUAUUAUGUAAUCUAAUAAAAAUUUAGAAGAACAUCAUAUCAUUGAUAAUGUUCCGAGCCGUAUCAAAUUAA